UUACCCUCCCAGCGCCCGGGCGACUUCCUCAUAGAGCUCAGCGGAAAGCGGCUGUGCCUGAGGUUCCCGUCUGUCUGCAGUCCAGCCGCGGGAGCUGGCGACGUCUUGACCCGCCGCCCAGUUCCUUCCGCGCCAGUGUUGAAAUUAUAACCUCCUGUGGCAAUGAAGAAAGAGACUGAAUUUGCCAUUUUCAUCUAAAGAAAAAUGAUAGACAGCAAUCAGACCUGUACCGUGGGACAGGAUUCCAUGCCCUAUAUGACUUGUCUGAUUCACGUACUUGAAGAAUGGUUGGGUGUGGAACAAUUGGAGGACUAUUUGAAUUUUGCAAACCAUCUCUUGUGGGUUUUUACACCACUAAUACUUCUAAUACUUCCUUACUUUACUAUCUUCCUUCUCUACCUUACUAUUAUUUUCCUUCAUAUUUAUAAGAGGAAGAAUGUAUUAAAAGAAGCCUAUUCUCAUAAUUUAUGGGAUGGUGCAAGAAAAACUGUGGCCACUCUGUGGGAUGGACAUGCUGCGGUGUGGCAUGGUUAUGAAGUUCACGGGAUGGAAAAAAUACCAGAAGGACCAGCUCUUAUCAUUUUUUAUCAUGGAGCUAUCCCCAUAGAUUUUUACUACUUCAUGGCUAAAAUUUUCAUCCACAAAGGCAGAACUUGCAGAGUAGUAGCUGAUCACUUCGUCUUUAGAAUUCCAGGGUUUAGUUUAUUACUUGAUGUGUUUUGUGCUCUGCAUGGACCAAGAGAAAAAUGUGUUGAAAUUUUGAGGAGUGGUCACUUGUUAGCCAUAUCACCUGGUGGAGUCCGAGAAGCCUUGCUUAGUGAUGAGACCUACAACAUCAUAUGGGGUAAUCGGAAAGGCUUUGCCCAGGUUGCCAUUGAUGCAAAAGUGCCCAUUAUUCCUAUGUUUACACAAAAUAUUCGAGAAGGAUUUAGAUCACUUGGAGGAACAAGGCUGUUUAAGUGGCUUUAUGAAAAAUUCCGCUAUCCAUUUGCUCCAAUGUAUGGAGGUUUUCCAGUGAAGUUACGGACCUACUUAGGUGACCCCAUUCCAUAUGAUCCAAAGGUAACAGCAGAAGAAUUAGCUGAAAAGACCAAGAAUGCUCUGCAAGCUUUGAUUGAUAAGCACCAAAGGAUACCAGGAAACAUUAUGAGUGCUUUGUUGGAACGCUUUCAUAAAAAGCAAAAGGUCAACUAGAAGACAAUUUAAUAUGUCUACAUUAAUAUGUUCAUAUCUUUGGUACUGUCUUUUAAAUUUUUAAUAGGUUGUAUAGUUAAUGUUUUUAAAAAUCAUGUUAAUAAGCAUUUUCUUAGAACUUGCUUAAAUUUAUAUGGUUAAUCUUGUUUUGUAAUUAGUUGUGUCAAAUGUAAUCAAUAACUCAUUAGUUGCUUAAUCAAAAAAUGAUGUUUCAUUUAUCAACCUUAUUAAUGCAUGUAAGAAUAAGUUCUUACAGUUAAGGUUUUUGAUAACAUCAGUUUAGGUUAAGUAGACAUUCCUAAAUAAUGCAAUAGUACAUUCCUAAUUUCUGUAUCUGAUGUACUGAUGUGUUUCUGAGAGAACAUGGGUGUUUAGGUAUACCACAAUUGCUUAAAUUAUGCAGCAGAUACUUUUAUCUGCCCUUAAUUACAGUUCCAGCUUCAGGUAAGCUGUGGAAUAUUUUUGUGCCUCUGUUUAUCUUUUUAAAGCAUGAUAAUGCUGUGGUGAAGAAUAUUAUUUUACAUUGCUUAUAUUUAUUGUGAUAAAUAAGUGCUGUGUGAAAACCACUACUGAAUUAAUGAAUCCCCAAAUCCUUUAGGAGUUAUGUAUAUAUUUUGUCUCUUGAAUGUUGAAAUUGCCCCUUCAGGUGUGAUGUCCAGUUGCCAAGAACAUCCAAAGAGAUGUACUCUUAUAAAUUGAAUAAUUGUGACUUGUAGUAUUUAUUUACUGAAUUGGUAUUCUAGUAUUUAUUUUUUACCAAGUGUCUAAGCAAACAUGGGGUGUGUUGUGAGCCCUAGAGAAUGGCAUUUUAUGAUGGAAGAUAAAAAUCAUUGUCAACCUCUGCCUGCAUCGUGUUAGAAGCUGAUUCUAGGCUGAGGAAAUAAGAAAGCUCUGGUUUUGUUCAGUAAUUGUGGCUCAUCAUUUUGACUUUGCAGCCAGUCAGGUGGCUUAUUAAUUCAAUAAAAUAUACUUGAAUGAUAAAUUUCUGUAACUACAAAGCCCUCUGAAAAUUGUAAUGGCUUUUGAUUUGUUGUCCUGGAAAAUUGAUUUUAAAAGUGUUUAAAAGUAUGUUAACAGAAAAACAUCAGAAAUCUAUUGCAGUAUCACACUUUCCCUUUCAUACGUAUUAAAGUAUUUGGGUUUUAUAUGGACUUUUUAAUUAUAAGUGUAUAUUUAUGAUAUAUAAUGUAUAUCAAAAUAAAGCAUUGUAAAAAUAAAGUGAAUUGUAAUUCAUUCGUUGAGAAAUUGUGUGACAUUCCUAUUUUAAACUGAUACUUCUGUUUGUUGUACUAUUUCUCAGUAGUCAUUCCUUUUAUCUUAGCCACAAUGAAUAAAACCUACAUUUCCAUGUAGUGAGUAUAUUUCAGAGCCAACUGCAGUAAAAGGCAAUUUUCUUCAUUCUUUUUUUUCUCUCUAGCAGUGAACAUUGGGUCAAAAUUGUUAAAUAUAUCCUGAAUGAGUGAAUAAAAGAUUUUAAAGUGAAUGAGAAAAAUAUUUUGGGAAAAUAGUUUUAAAGACUAAAAAAAAAGAGUGUCAUUUGUUGUUAAUGUAAGCAAAAGCUAUUAUUUUAUAGCAUGUAAGUUUUACUGUUCUGCUUAAAACCAUUUUAGGGUCCCUGAUACUGUCAGCUUCCCAUCUUGAUCAAUAAAUCUGUAUCUUUGCUGCUUGAA